AUGGCGCCAACUGAAAUCACUUUUGUCACUGGCAAUGCCAACAAAUUGAAAGAGGUACAGAUGCUGCUAGCAGCUGAAGACAAAAAAGGCUCCAUCACCUUAAAGAAUGAGCCACUUGAUUUGGAUGAACUGCAAGAUGUUGACUUAAAGGCAAUUGCACUAACAAAAUGUAAACAAGCUGUCAAAGAACUAGGUGUCGGUACCCCAGUAUUUGUGGAAGACACUGCACUCACUUUUGAUGAGUUCAAUGGCCUACCUGGUGCCUACAUCAAAUGGUUUUUGAAGAGCAUGUCGCUUGAGAAAAUAGUAAAGUUACUAGAACCAUAUUCCAACAAAGGUGCAGAGGCAAUCACAACCAUUGCCUACUGUGACGAAAAUGGUGAAUAUCAUAUUUUCCAGGGAAUCACCAAAGGUAAGAUCGUCGACAGCCGUGGCCCAACGAAUUUUGGCUGGGAUUCCAUAUUUGAACCUCUAGAAGGUAAGGGUAUGACAUACGCUGAAAUGGAGAAAGAUUUCAAGAACACAUUGUCUCACAGAGGCAAGGCCUUUGUCGAGUUUAAGAAGUUCUUAUAUGCUUAA